AGCAGUGGAUGGUUCAGGUUGGGAAGAAGAGCAGUGGGACUGCCAGUUCAGGUUGUGGAAUCAAAGAGCAAAGGUUGUUGUGAAGUGGAAUAUCAGGCUUAAAUGGAAGUCCCUCCCAAAUGAGCACUGACACCUGUGUGCCUGGACAUCCACGAGGGCUCCAACAUCUGCGCUCCUGACAGCUCCAUGCACUAAGCAGGGCACAGUCUGGAUCCAGGGGACCGACUGUCUCUGGCAUUGAGCAGUUGGCAAUCAAUACCCCACCCUGUUCUGAGUCACUUGGGAACAAAAAAGAAAGCCUGUAGAACACGACUGCUGGCCCACCUGCCAGAGUGGCCAAGGAAACAGGAUGCCCACUAAGGCAUGUUAAGGAAGGUGUGGAGCAGCUGCUGGGAACUGUCUUGAUAAAAGAAAGACAUGGAGGAGCAGUGUAUGUUACCGUAUUACACUGCCCAAAGCAGCCCCGCAAUGGGCAUGUUUAAUACCUCCAUGGGGAAGCUUCAGCGGCAACUGUACAAAGGCGAGUAUACUAUAUUCAGGUAUGCACCCAUGUUUGAGAGCGACUUUAUCCAGAUCAGCAAAAGAGGAGAAGUGAUUGAUGUGCACAACCGUGCCCGAAUGGUAACAGUGGGCAUUGUUCGCACCAGCCCCUGCCUCACACUACCUGAUGUCAUGCUGCUGGCCCGACCAGCUGCUGUCUGUGACAAUGCCAGGUGUGGUCCUGCCACCCAGAAUACAGAUAGUCCACCUGCAGAGAUCUUAGAACUAACCAGACUGCUCCCCUUGAUGUUUGUGAAAAUAACCAUCCACAACAGCAUAAAAAAACAGCUCCACCUGAAGCUUGCCACUGGCCGCUCUUUUUAUCUUCAGCUGUGUCCCCCCUCAGAUGCAAGUGAAGACCUUUUUGUUCACUGGGAAAACCUCGUUUACAUCCUGAGACCACCAGUGGAGGCUUACAGUGGUACCAAAGCUAUCCUAGCUGGGAACACAUCAGACUCAUCUGUGUUUGAGGAAGUGCAGAGGAGCCCAGUGGGAUAUGCCAUGAAGUUCUGUGAAGAGAAGGAGCAAUUCAGAAUCAGUAGACUUCACAUGAAUGCUGAAAUGUUUGGGUCCACCUAUUAUGAUUAUACAAUAGAGAUAUGAAUCCAACAUACCUCCCACAUAUACUACAUUCAAGAGUUCACACAUUCCUGCAGUCAUAAAACCUAUAGUGCCUGAUAAAGGGGCAGGGUGGCAACAGCAGUAGUGAUGACAGUAAGCACCACCGCAGGUGCUAUGGAUGUGGCUGCAACCAAGUCUGCAGGCUCAGAAGAGAAGCACAGCACUGGCAAAAGCAGCCUUCAAAGGUCCAGGAGGAAGUAUAGCCAGCAUGGCUAUAAUGGGUGCUUCUAUGUCUUAAUCUUGUUAUAGCAAGGGCUGCAUAGACAUUCUUGUCCUAAAAGGGUACUUCAAGCACAUCAGUAAGUGCUACUGGCCUCUCCCUAGAGAGCAGCAUGAAUGUGGUGACUACAGGAGCAGAGAGAGACUGUCAAUGCAACAGCCUUGUCAGUCUCUCUCUGCUCCUCAAAGACUGACUCUCUGCCACUCAGCAUUGGGAGUCAGUAUCUCAACUCUGCAGGAUGAGGCCACAUGAGUGAAUGGGAUGGAAGUCAGAGGGUCUCUACCUAGCUGGAUUGACUCUGCAGUAAUAACCUUAAAGCCUGGUACUACACAUGGUGCAGAGGUGGACAUCUCACCUAAGACUGUGGAGGGGAGCAACAUGAUUCACCAUAAUAAAAUCCAUCAACUCA